AGCCAGUCCUUCCAGGCUCCUGCCUCCUCUGGUCAUUCCCCACGCGGGCCUCUCGCAGGAAGCAGUUUUCCUGUGUCCGCCCCCCACCCCCUGCAGGAGGCCUCUCGCAGUCUCCAAGGCACCAUGAAUGCCAUCGUGGCUCUCUGCCACUUCUGUGAGCUCCACGGCCCCCGCACUCUCUUCUGCACGGAGGUCCUGCACGCCCCACUUCCCCAAGGGGCUGGGAAUGAGGACAGUCCUGGCCAGGGCGAGCAGGCGGAGGAAGAGGAAGGCGGCAUUCAGAUGAGCAGUCGGAUGCGUGCACACAGCCCCGCAGAGGGGGCCAGCGUUGAGUCCAGCAGCCCAGGGCCCAAAAAGUCGGACAUGUGCGAGGGCUGCCGGUCACUUGCUGCAGGGCACCCGGGGUAUAUCAGCCACGAUAAAGAGACCUCCAUUAAAUACGUCAGCCACCAGCACCCCAGCCACCCCCAGCUCUUCAGCAUCGUCCGCCAGGCCUGUGUCCGGAGCCUGAGCUGUGAGGUCUGCCCUGGCCGCGAAGGCCCCAUCUUCUUCGGAGAUGAGCAGCACGGCUUUGUGUUCAGCCACACCUUCUUCAUCAAGGACAGCCUGGCCAGGGGCUUCCAGCGCUGGUACAGCAUCAUCACCAUCAUGAUGGAUCGGAUCUACCUCAUCAACUCCUGGCCCUUCCUGCUGGGGAAGGUCCGGGGAAUCAUCGAUGAGCUCCAGGGCAAGGCGCUCAAGGUGUUUGAGGCAGAGCAGUUUGGAUGCCCACAGCGUGCUCAGAGGAUGAACACAGCCUUCACGCCAUUCCUACACCAGAGGAACGGCAAUGCCGCCCGCUCGCUGACAUCGCUGACAAGUGAUGACAACUUGUGGGCGUGCCUGCACACCUCCUUUGCCUGGCUCCUGAAGGCGUGUGGCAGCCGGCUGACUGAGAAGCUCCUGGAAGGUGCUCCGACCGAGGACACCUUGGUCCAGAUGGAGAAGCUCGCUGGUGGCGGGGUGCUGUUGCCGGGGCCUUGGCCCAGAUGGCCGUGGGGCGGUACCAGCUCUCUGCUCUCCUGGCAGGAAGAGCUGAGGGAGGGAAAUGCGGCUCUGAAUCAGCCCAGGAGGAGCCUUCGGGAAGCUCACCCUCUGAUCUCGGUGUGAUGGUUGUGAUUUCCUGUCUCAUUUGCCUUGACCGCUGUGUGAAAGAAUCUGUUCCCCAGCUAGGUGGGGAAAAUUCACAGGUGGGCUGUCCCUUGAGAGAACUGGCUGAUUGAAGGCUUCUCGUCCCGA